GGUCCACACUCCACACCAGUUGGUGGCGGUAAUGCACCAUUUUGCCGUUUGCCAACCGCCAAUAAACCUUAUACAGAAGAAGAAGAAGUCAGUUGCUUAGCAACUGUUGGAAGCCCAGCGUCAGUUAGCAAGCUAGAAGAUCAGCUAACACACGUACCGUGUGACCCUAAAAAGUGUAUAAAUGCCACUAAAAAGAAGAGGACCUUUGCAGCUAGCCCAGAGAGAAGUGGAUGAAAUAGAAAAACAGGUUGACAGUCUGGAGAAGGAUGUCCAGAGCCAGGCUGGAUCCACUGAAGAGGCCUUUCGAAGAUGCCAAAAACUGCAAAUGUCAGCAGAGGAGACACUAAGGACACUGAAGAAACUGAGCAAGGGUGAUGAGCUGGCUCCAGUGGGCAAUUAUGAUCAGAGGAAACAGGAAGAGGAGCGACGAGUGCAAAACAUCGUGGAGCGUCUAAAAACUCUCUCUCUGGAGCUGUCGCCACCAGGACCUAGCACUGAAGCAGGUAAUGUUUCAAAGGAAGAUAGUGAAAAUAGUGCUGAAGAAGACGAUGACGAAGACAGUAACGACAAUGAAGAAGAGCAUGUAGAAAAUGAUAACAACAUUGUCCGUGAUGAGAGGCGAGAUUUGAAACCGCCAUCUCAGUCAGAUGCUCGCAUCUACAUGGUCCUCAGUGAUUUCAAAGGAGAGCAGGAAGGAGAUCUGUCUGUUCGGAAGGGGGAGGUGUUGAGGAUUAUCAGGAAGGCAGCAGAUGGAUGGUGGCUGGCUCAGAACACUAAAGGCAGCAGAGGAGUGGUUCCAAAAACCUUCCUGAAGAUUGGCUCUAGUGUUGAUGAGGAAGAUGAUGAUGAUGAUGAUGACAAUGAUUCAAAAGAAGAUGAUGAUGACAAGGAGGAGUCGGAAGAGGAGGAAAAUCAAGAUAGUGAAGAAUUAACUGAUGAUCCAGACAAAUGGAGUGCUUCACAUUCUAACUGGUCUACAGUCAAAAAGGCUCUGAGUGAGAUUGAUGCAACAGAUGUGCUCUCCGCCAUGGGUGCUAUACCUUCAGGAUUCAGACCAUCAACUCUCAAUAAAUUACUGGUGGAGGAAGGUGUAACAUACAGAGGAAGUCAUUACAUUCAGCCUCAGCUCAGCCAAUCACAGCUCUCCUUUAAAGACCUCUUCCUGGACCCAGACACUGGCAAGGUUCGUCCUCGGCAGGUCAGCACGAGUGUUUGUUUCAGUUUGUGGAGCUGCAGGAUGAUUCCUACUCCUGGGGUUGGUGUUCAAGUCCUCAGGCGGCACGUCCGCCUCUGCGCCUUUGACGGAACUCAGGUUUUGAGUAACAUCCACAUAAUAAGGGCAGCCUACAACGCCAAGAGCCCAAAGACCUGGAGCUUCUCUCCAAGGGUGACCGGUAUCUUGCCCACCCUCUUGGAUGGAGACUGUUUUAUGCGCUGCAACUCUGCGUCUCCUAACCUCGGGAUCCUCUUUGAAUUAGGAGUCACUUUUAUACGAAAUUCUACUGGGGAGAGAGGAGACCUAAGCUGUGGUUGGGCUUUCCUCAAAUUGACCGAUGAUGCAGGAAAUCCUGUGCCGAACAGGACCUAUGAACUGCCUGUGAAUGGUGGCACUCCAUAUGAGAAGGAUGUAGCAGUGGAGGCGUCACCCACUAGAGGAUCUCCAAGUGGUGUUUUCCAGCAGAUGCUCCAAGCCAGGCGGCAGCCCAAACUUGUUGUUAAGCUGAAAUCAGCCAACAGCCGGACGCAAACACAGCUCAGUGUCCUUCCAGAUACUCUCCUCCACUGCCUAAACUGCAUCCAUCUGCUGGUUCUGCACAGGCAUCUGCUUGCAGACGCACUGCUGAUGGACAGGCCCACAAUGCAGAAUGCAGAUCUAAUAUGCAGUCCUAUACUUUCAACCUUCCCUGUGUUGUUGGACCAGCCAGACCUGUUAGAUGCUCUCAGGAGUGCCUGGCUGGAUGCUGAGACUAACAUGAACAGAGCACAAAAGAGGGACCUCUCCUAUCUAAAACUGGAGUUUGUUAAAGUCUACAUGUCAUCUGUGUAUUUCCUGCUCCACUCUCCAUCGCUGCCCUGUUAUCGUUGGGCGGACCUGCUCUCUGAGGAACAACGCGCAAGAGUCAUCUACGCAAUGCUGGAAACGCUGAAAAACCAACGCAACAACACCGGCCAGUCAGGAGUUCCUGAGGUCUUUGUUGAUGGCGCUCACACGCAUCUCGCUUUUGAUGUUACCGAGUUGACUUUUGACCUUCUCCGUGUGGCGUGGUGACAAUAACGUCAUCUCCCUCUGGCUGAAGGUGCUAUUUGGUUGAAGUUAAUUAUCCUAAUUUUCACGUAUAUUUUGAAAAUAAUUAAAGGUUAAAACUCACAAUAUUCUAUAUGUUUAUUCUUUUUAGUAAAUUUUAAUGAAGAAGACCAAAACCAGCAGUGGUUAAAAUUUGAAUGAAAGACCGGGCUUCCUCUUUAGUAGCUGUUUUUCAUUACAAUAUAUCACAUACUAUAACCUAGUUAGUCUUUCAUGUAGUUAUUAUAGUUUUAGUUUUGGUCCAUGGCACAGAUGAUAUAUAAUAUGUCAUAUUUUAGAUACACUUAAGAUAAAACAUGUGACAAGAUAGGGCGAUUCUUCAUUGGUUUUUCACUGAAUUUGUUGAAAACAAGACAAAACUCACAUGUCCAACACGCUUUACUUCCUUUCUGCUUCUGCUAAACUACUGAGCAUACACGUCUUUGCGAAGCUUAUGUUUACCAAAGGCACUGAUCGUAGUCUGUGUAGCUGUGAAAUAAAAUAUUUUAUUUAUUUUGUAUUUAAUCACAGAAUCAACGUCCUUCCUCUUAAAGAUAAAAAAAUUAUUGGCAUGUUUUAAUUUAAAUUUUAUGAUAAAAAUUGUGUUCGUAUCACUUAUUUACAUCCACAAAGGUGCUUUUUCAGCCCUGUCAUCUCACUGGGUACUGAGCCCCACCCAUUAUUUCAACAUCAUUGUGUGUAUGUGCUUGUUUGGGAGGGUCUGUAGUGUAGGGUUACAGAAGUUAAUAAUUGGCCCGCUGUGUUCUUUUUAUAGCCUGGUAUAAAAGCUAAGGAGCACUGGGAGGUUGGGUCAGUUUGGGUGCUGUCGGUUACGGCUUCACGUCCAAAGCAACAUUUAUUACAGCAAUUCAACAUACUUUUUUUAUGAUAAAUUGUAUAUUGUCACACUAAACAUAUUUCUUUGGGAAUAAAAUCUGAAAAAGUUGUUUGAAAGGCAUUUAAGGCUUCUGUAAUUUAAUUUAUGAGAUAAGACCUUUAAAAAAAAUCCAUAUUAUUUACACUGUUGGUUUUGUAAUAUGAAGAUGUUAGAAAAUGUUUCUUUAAACUCUUCACAUAUAUCCCCCAACACAUUCUGAAUAAAAAAGAAAGGAAUAAGAUGUAGCCUGUUAAUUGGUGAGUAGAGAUGCUUAAGGGCAUAUUUUAUUUCCCCAUGUGUAUUUGACAACUGACUACAGUAAUUUAAUUGUACCCUAAAGACAUGAAUAUAUCAGCCAGGUCAUGCUACUCAAGAAAAGCAACAAAGCCAGUAAGAAUAUUUCCAAAAUGACAAAGAGUGCAAACACCUAUCAGCAUGUUAGUAAUUCCUAUUACAUCCCCUCAUCGUCUAACAUGAUCUUAACCUUGAAACUAACACACAUUUAACCUUCUGUUUGAACUUCAGUCUUGUUUAACUGAACACUGACUAUAAAGCCUUUAUCCCCCCCAAAGUGAUAUUCCAAGUCCCCAGCCCAAUACCUAAAGUGGUCUUUCUGAAUGUGUAUAAACAUACCAAGCCUUUUGUUGGUGUACUGUUUGCAGGCGACUCAUAUUCCACAUCCUGUAUUUCCACAUUCCAGUGCAGUUGCUGCGGUUGCUGUAUGCUGUCCCUGAUGACCGGAGCGUUGAUAAGCUUUGGAAAAAACAAAACAAAACUAGUAGUAAGAUAUCCCAGGGCUGUGUCAAACAAAGGGAAAAGAAACUCUUUGUGAAGCCCAGAAGGGACAGAGAAGCGUUUGGUCCUGAAUUAUAUUUACAGGUUUUAGAUUAUCCCUUGAUUGACAGUAGCAAUGAGCA